CCAACAGUGUCGUAUUAUGCAAAACUAAGUGAUUGAAACAAGAGGCAUCACCGUCGAGCAUUUGAACGUCGGUAAAGUGAAAAGUAACGUAAAUGCAGUUUGUCUCGCGUAAUUUGCAGCAUCUUUGCAAAAGAGCUACACGUGGUCUAUACAAGCAUAACUCAAUUUAUAAACAGCUAUUACGAAGAUUUACUGUAACUGCUAGGUUAGGUGAUUUUAGUAAGUGGGGUACAACUAAAAAGAAUCGUAAAGUGAAAAUACAAAUUAAACAGGAUAUGUCGGAUCCAAAAAUUGAAGAUAUCCUAGCUCCUUUACGGAAUAAUGUCAAGGAACAAGGUGACUAUGUGCGAAAACUUAAAUCUGAUGGUGCUCCAGAACUGGACAUUAAAAAAGCAGUUGUCGAGCUUAAACUUCGGAAGAAAUUAUUGGAAGAAAAGGAACUAUCUCUUUCGGAAACAAUAGAAUUUGAUAGGGCAAGAAUGGACGAUCUUCUAAAACGUAGAUUUUUCUUUGAUCAAUCCUUUGCUAUUUAUGGAGGAAUUAGUGGACAAUUUGAUUUUGGUCCUAUGGGUUGUGCAUUAAAAACGAAUGUAUUAAAUACAUGGAGAAGCUUUUUUAUAUUAGAAGAACAAAUGUUAGAAGUAGAUUGUUCUAUUUUAACACCAGAACCUGUACUUCAAGCAUCUGGACAUGUGGAAAGAUUUGCAGAUUUAAUGGUGAAAGAUAUAAAAAGUGGAGAAUGUUUUAGAUUAGAUCAUUUAAUUAAGUCACAUUUAGAGAAAGUGAUUAGUGAUAAAAAAACUAAUGAAAAUGUAAGUGCAGAAUGUAAAGAUAUUAUUAUUAAAUUGGAUGGAAUGACCAAGGAUGAAAUGGCAGCAGUUAUGUCUAAAUUUAAUAUAAAGUCUCCAAUCACUGGGAAUGAUUUAACAGAACCAAUAGAAUUUAAUUUAAUGUUUGGAACUCAAAUUGGUCCUUCUGGACUUGUGAAAGGAUUUUUAAGACCAGAAACUGCUCAAGGAAUUUUUGUAAAUUUUAAACGAUUGCUUGCAUUUAAUCAAGAUAGAUUACCAUUUGCUGCAGCUCAAAUUGGAAAUGCAUUCCGUAAUGAAAUUUCUCCUAGAUCUGGUUUACUAAGGGUGAGAGAAUUUACUAUGGCAGAAAUAGAACAUUUUUGUGAUCCUAAUGAUAAAAAUCAUCCUAAAUUUGAAAAUGUUAAAGAUUUGAGUGUACUUUUAUAUUCUGCUUGUAAUCAAAUGGAUGGAAAGAGUGCACAGCAUAUGACUUUAGGUGAUGCUGUAUUAAAUAAACUUAUAGCCAAUGAAACAUUAGGAUAUUUUAUGGGUAGAAUUUAUUUAUUUUUAAUUAAAGUUGGAAUUGAUCCAAAAAGAUUACGUUUCCGUCAACACAUGGGAAAUGAAAUGGCGCAUUAUGCUUGUGAUUGUUGGGAUGCUGAAUGUUUAACAUCUUAUGGUUGGAUAGAAUGUGUUGGUUGUGCAGAUCGUUCUGCCUAUGAUCUUACACAACAUACGAAAGCCACUGGAGUAAAGUUAGUAGCAGAAAAAAAAUUGUCAGCACCAAAAAAUCUUGAUGUAUGCGAAGUAGUAUCAAAUAAAGUUAUUAUUGGGAAAACGUUUAAAAAAGAUAGUAAAUUAGUACAGGAUGCUUUAGCAGCAUUAAAUGAGAGUAAUAUUAAUGCCUUGGAAACUGAAAUUAAUGAAAAUGGAGAAACUGAAUUAAAGCUUUCAAAUGGUACUACAGUAAAAAUUACAAAAGACUUGAUUGAAGUAAAAAGAUAUCAAAAGACAGUGUAUGUAGAAGAAAUAAUUCCUUCUGUAAUUGAACCAUCUUUUGGUAUUGGUCGUAUUAUGUAUGCUAUAUUUGAACAUAAUUUUAAAGCAAGAGGAGGAGAUGAGAAACGAACUUAUUUCAGUUUACCACCAAUUGUGGCUCCUUUAAAGUGUUCAGUGUUACCACUCAGUGGUAACAGUGAAUUUAUACCAUUUGUGAAACACUUAUCCCAGAAUCUCACGAGGGUAGAUGUUUCGCAUAAAAUCGAUGAUUCUUCCGGUAGUAUUGGACGCAGAUACGCACGGACAGAUGAGAUUGCAAUACCAUUUGGUAUCACCAUAGAUUUUGAUACUUUGAAAACACCUCAUACUGCUACACUUCGUGAACGAGAUAGCAUGGGCCAAGUUAGAAUAAAUUUGGACGAGAUUCCAAAUGUGGUAAGAGGUUUAUCUAAUGGUAAACUUACAUGGUUGGAAGUUGAACAAAAAUAUCCCAAAUUUGAGCAGCAAGAAACAACAGAAGUACAGUAAUAUAUAUUGAAUAAAAUAUAUUGAACAAGUAACUUAUUUGCAAUAUAAAUAUAUAAAUUACUAUACUAGUAAUUUUUAGUUUGCAUUUAUAUAAUGUGCAUUUUAUAUGUAUUGACGUUUAUGUUGUUUUGCACAAAUAAUUAUAUGUAUAUUGCUAAUAAAACGGAAAUUUUGACUUUUGCAA